UUUAUUCCCCUGAUUUUAUUAUUUUGUUAAAAAUGACCUCGAUUUUAUCUUUAAAAUUUAUUAAACAUUUUUUUGGCCUAGAUUCCAAAACUUCACAGUGGAUGUAAACUUGUAAUUUAAACCAAUCCAUCUUCAUAAAUUUUCACACAUCCUAUCGCAUUCUACCAAUCUUUUAAUGUAAUAUUUAAUAUAUUAUUAAUUUUUAAAAAUGUUACUUUGUAAAUUAUUCACUAAAUAAAAAUUUGUUAAAUUCCUAAUCAGUAAAUGGAUCAUAAUGAUUAUUUUGAGCCUGAAAUUGCUAAACAAUUUUCAGCUUUCGGUGUUUGGAAUAAUGAUCAUUCCAUAGUUUUCCAUCAUAAAGGCUCAACUUUUCACAGGUUAUCUCUUGGAAGGAGUUUCAGCAAUUCUAGCCUAUACUUGACCUUAGAGGAGACUAUUUUUGCCCUUUUACGGACUGAUUUUGUCCUUGUCGAUAAUAAUACUAAGGUUUUUGUUACUCCUGAAAAACUUAUUCAAUCCUUGGAAAAUAACAAUAGGCUUACUGACUUACUUACAGUUCAUGUUUAUCUCGCUUUUCAGAGGUUUGGCAAAUGCCCAAAACCUCUAAAGGAGGUUUCUAACCCCGAGAUGAGAUUCUUUAACCCUGAACCUGUUUUAUCCAUAUCUUCAUUACCUAAAAAGAGGGACAAAGUAGAACUUCAGUCCUUGUUGAAAGUGUUUCAAAAGAAUUUAACUUCCCAAAUUCUUGAUUUUAAAACCAGCUUACCUCUUCCUUCAUUCACUGUUGAUAACGUUCAAGUGUUUGCUGCAAUGCCAGACUCACCUGCUUUUUCUAUUCUCGAGACUUUAAACAACUUUAACUGUAUCGUCUCUGUUUCUAAUCUCGAAUCAGUUUACUUUUUAACACUUUCACCAUUCAAAAUCAACACUUAACUUUAAAUAAUAUUUUAUAAUUCUA